GACGAACAUUUUUCUCCGCCAUUUUGUCACUAAUGUUCCAGAUGAAUCGGAAAAUCGUCUAGUGUUUUGUCUAGUUUUAACUUUAUGAAAAGGUUUACUGUGUUCUUAAAGAUCUAUUAUUGUACCGUUACACUAGCCUAAUCUAAUUUAGCAUUUAAUAUGGAAGAGAAGGCAUCUUUAAAAGAGUUAGAUCAGUGGAUAGAGCAACUGAACGAGUGCAAGCAGCUUACCGAGAGUCAAGUGAAAACGCUUUGCGACAAGGCCAAAGAAAUAUUAGCAAAAGAAUCAAAUGUCCAAGAGGUGAAAUGCCCCGUGACGGUGUGUGGAGACGUCCAUGGUCAGUUUCAUGAUCUAAUGGAAUUGUUUCGGAUAGGAGGGAAAUCCCCAGACACAAAUUAUCUAUUCAUGGGAGAUUAUGUGGACAGAGGAUACUAUUCUGUUGAAACUGUCACCCUACUAGUUGCACUCAAGGUUCGGUACAGGGAAAGAAUCACAAUCCUCAGAGGUAACCAUGAAUCCAGGCAGAUCACCCAAGUCUACGGUUUCUACGAUGAAUGCCUGAGGAAGUAUGGUAAUGCAAAUGUGUGGAAAUUCUUCACAGAUUUGUUUGACUAUCUACCUUUGACGGCUUUGGUUGAUGGACAGAUCUUUUGUCUGCACGGUGGACUGUCCCCAUCAAUCGACACCUUAGAUCAUAUAAGAGCUUUGGAUCGCCUGCAAGAAGUUCCUCACGAGGGGCCCAUGUGUGAUCUUCUGUGGUCGGACCCUGAUGACAGAGGAGGGUGGGGCAUCUCUCCCCGAGGCGCUGGCUACACAUUCGGACAAGACAUCUCGGAAACAUUCAACCACUCCAACGGCCUCACACUGGUGUCCAGAGCACAUCAACUCGUGAUGGAAGGAUACAAUUGGUGUCAUGACAGAAACGUGGUAACCAUCUUCUCCGCCCCCAACUACUGUUACCGCUGUGGUAACCAAGCUGCUAUCAUGGAACUUGACGAUGCUCUCAAAUAUUCAUUCCUGCAGUUCGACCCAGCACCUCGCCGUGGAGAGCCCCAUGUCACUCGCAGGACUCCCGACUACUUUCUUUAAACUAUGCUAUUAUCGCCUGCAUUCAAAUUGUAUAUUAAUAGUUCAUUUAAAACCGAUUACACAUUUCUAAUUCUAAUGUAGAUUAUAGAAAACUGUACAGAUUUUAUGGUUUAGGUUUGUGUGUUUUAACCCGAAGCCAAUAUUCGCAUAAUGGACCUGCACUUUAUUUAGCCGAGUAAUAUUACGGUAUGUUGAUGCAGGCUGCAUUUUUGAGUGCUUUUAAUAUUAUUUAUGUGUUUACCCCGCCUUACCUUGUAUGUCUAUGUACGAUAUGUGUUUAUAUCAAACGAGUAAUAAACUCUUCUCGGAUAGAACAAAGUCGUAAUUUCUGUACUAACAAGACAGGGAGUCGGAAGGCAACACAUUUAUUUCCCACUGCCACAAGACAGGUUUCGCUGUGUGAAGUGUGUUUGUAAUGACUGAGCUGCUGUGAAACGAGUUUGAGCACACGUUAGUAAGAUGCUGAAACUAGAUUUUUUAUAUGACUUGUCCCUUAAAAUGUUAAUAGUUGCAUUGUUUUUAUCAAAAAUAUGGGUAACAGUUAUAACAAUUUAUUUAUUUUUUAUAUAUUAGCAUGUUUAAUGAUAUUUUUAUUAUUGUGAAAUACCUCAAAUCAGUGCAUUUGGUCGCGUUAUUUUUAAAAGAGAUUUAUUUUAUUCUAAAGUUGGCCAGUCAGGGUUGAAAUUUAACCAAUUAUUUUGCACAUCAAAUCGUGCUGAGCAUGCAGAUGUUGUUAAAUUUUGUUGACUAUUUGUAGUCUGACCACGGAAACAAGGAGAGAAAUAUUCAGAUAUGCUAUACUCACUAUGUUUUUUGUUAUUUUAACUAUAAUUUCUUUCUAUCGAGUAUUAUUGAUAUCUGUGAACAUAUUUUUCAAACUCUUCUUUUCUCCAAGAAACCAUGUACAAAUAGUUUCUUUUAGUCAUAGGAAAUACUUAAUUUGCUGUGAAAUAAACAUCAUUUUAUGAUGAAAAUAAAUUAUGAUUAUACACCAGUA